AUGGAUACCGCGUUGCCACCCAUGAGCUCCAAGCAGCUGGUCACCGCCAGCUCGCGUCGCCAUCUGCGCGGGUCCGAAUCUUCUAUAGUCAUCCCCAAUUUCCGUGGGAACAAUCAGCGCGCCGCCGCUACGUUGGGAAUCGGCGCUCCGGAUUCGUUUUCCGGCCUGAUGGGACGCGGCGGGCCCGGCUCGCAUCGGCGCACGGGGAGCACGUUACGGACAGUGAUGAAGAAGAUUUUCACUCGCAAGCGAGGCAGUCAACACGACGGGUUCGACUCGGAUUUCCACUUCAGCAGUGCCAAUUCGUCGCAUCCGAGUCAGGUCAAUGGGGCAGUGGGCGACCCGUCCUUCUCCCUCCCUAAUUCCUUGAGUUCGAAACGCAGCGGCGGCCUGGCUCAGAAGGAGAUCGGAAAUGGAGGUCCCAUGACGCUGAACGACGCCCUGGCGAAACUGGAGAUCCGUCCGCCGCGACAACGCCGAGCCACCCUGCCCAGUUUGAUCUUUUCGGACGAUGAGUCCCGCGACGCGCUGGAGGACGUGAUCUCCGGUCGACCGGACGGCAAUCGCAGUCGCAAGAACUCCCUGCGUCCGAAUCAUGAUCCAAUGGAGGAUCGACGACGGAAACGACGGUCGAGAAGUGCCGGACAGCUGCGCGGGAUGGCCAGGGACCAUCGCAUGUCGCCGAUUCAGUGGCGCAGACGGAGUGUCGAGUCGUACGUCGGGUCGACGGCGUAUACUGCCGUGUCGGACAGCGAGCUGUCAAUUCGACCUCCGACGAGGGCCACGGUCACCAGUCUGAAGCCAUACACCGAACCGUCUGUGUACUCGGUGGACCAGGUUCAAACCAACGUCCAGGUUGAAACCGAAAGCAUCGCACCGAACGCGGGUACCCUGGUCAAUGCCAUGCACGAUGGCGACAAUCUUUCUACGGAACAGCGACUAGCAACCUUGGAGGUCAAACUGAUCGAUCUGGAGUUUGCCAUCGCGCGCAUGCAAACGGGACAGAGCAACGCAUCCUCCUCGCCCGUACAGACCCCUGUUCCUCCCAAGAAAUCCGAGCCGGCGACAGCCACCAACCGACGACACAACCGCAAGAAGUCCACUGCGCGCUCGCCUCCGGACACAUCGUAUUCUACCCAGGAACCGGACCGUCCCGUUAGCACGGGCACCAUCCGUCCUGGCACCACUCACACAGUCAGCACCAGCGGGAAUGUGCACCGUUCGCGAACCCUGCAGCCCCCGUCUUGUACCUCCCUCAGCGACACCCACUCUAUUUCUAUUGAACAAUAUAGCGCCCUAGUCAUGCUGCUGCGUCGCGAACAGACCGCACGACGGAACCUCGAGGGCGAGGUUUCCAGUCUUCGCGACGACAUCAAGCAAUUACAAUGCAUGGCCCGCGAGUCCGUCGGUGUCGGAACGAUGUAUCCCAUCCGCAGUGCCGACUCGCAGGAAUUCCUUCGCAUGCGGCAGGCCGGCCGCUCAGCGACAACAUCGCCGGCUCGCACGGAAGACAAGUUCGGGUGUCCGUCGCCGUACGAGAGCGAUUCCGAAUGGGAUCGACCGGAGAUACCGGCCAAAGAUGAGCUUUAUAAAUCGCGGUGGCAGAACCGCCGGGUCGAAGUUCAGGGAAUGAUCUAG